UUAAUUUCCGAUCAUUUUUGCCACUUUGAUGGACAAUUCUGCCAUGAUCCGAUUUCAAAUUAGGGGAGUUUACUUUGAAAGACAUAUCAUUUAGUUGGGAUGUGAAUUUGUUUUCUUCCCUAUUUAAUCUAAUGUGAUUUACAUGACUACUGCUUGUUAAUCCUGAGACCUGAUUCGAGCAUCUAUUUGUUUAAGCUUUAGCAAAAGAUAGUAGUAUAAUCAAUUCAAUGGAGACUUAUUGUUUAGUGUAACCGUGUGCUUAGAAAUUACAGGCCAAAAUAGGAUACAAAAUUUCAUCUGUUUUGACUGAGUUUCCUACUCUUUGGUGUUUAUCUCUAUAAAUUAUUGCAGAAACGCAAAAAGUAGACAUAGAGAGGUACUCGGAUAAGAAAUUACAGGCAACAACUGUUAAGCAACCACUCCACUUAAUAAUGAUGGACAAAGAUCAUAUGCCUGCAGAACUAGUCAGAGUUCGAUGUUCUGUUUGUGGACAGCACACUGUCAAGAGAGUCAAGUGGGACAAUGAAAUAGACUUGAACAAACUUGUUCAGUUUGAGAAACUUGAGGAAAAGAAUAAGGGAACUGGAGAAGAAAAUGAAGAGGAGGAAAAUGAAGAAGAUGAAGAAGAUAGUGAUGACAAUGAUUAUACUACAAAGGUGAAUAUGUUGAUGACGAUGAAGUUGACUUCAAUGAUGAGGAGCCGAAUGAGGAUGAUGACGGGAUUUAUUGAGUUCGCAUCGCAUUGUUCAACAACUUGGCUACAUGUGGUAUAUUUUUGCUUGCAACAUAAGCUCUAACUUAGACGGUGUUAUAGUAUGUAUGUAGAGUUCUUUUUUUGUUUCUUAAAGAAAGAAAAACACCAACUGCUGGUAGGAUUUAGACCUUGUUUACUUGGAGUUAUGUUAUCAAUUUUUAUAGUGGUGUUUACGUAUUGUAAGCUGCAAAACGAAAUAAACUUUUUGGUCUUUGGUUUA